AUGGCUCUAAAUCUUGUUAAACUUUCAACCUCUUUCCUUUUACUCCUCUUAGGAAAUCCAUUUCCCAUUUUUGAGUCAAGAACCAUAAAACCCUCCAAAGAUCCAUUCUUCAAAACUCUCCAAAGCCUCGAAGGUGUUCAAAAAGGACAAACCCUAAAAGGCAUUGGAGAACUCAAAAACUACCUUAAAAAAUUUGGCUUCCUAAAUGUUCAACAUGAUGCUAUUACUAAUCCUUCCAUAAUUCCAAACAACCACUUUGAUGAAAACUUGGAAUUUGCCCUAAAACAAUUUCAAACAUAUCAUAACCUAAAUGCAACUGGUCUUGUAGACACAACAACCAUAAAAAUCAUGAGCCUUCCACGUUGUGGUAUCCCUGAUUUGCAUAGUCAUAGUUACAAACAUAACCGAUUAGCGAUGGUUUCAAAUUACACCUUCUUCCCAGGUUCACCAAAAUGGAAUGACUCAAGAAGGGACUUGAAAUACAUAUAUAAAUCAAGUGUUGAUGCGUUGACUAUGGACGAUGUGAGAAGUGCGUGUGAGAAUGCGUUUUUAAGUUGGUCGGAAGUUUCUGAUUUCACAUUCACAGAAGUUGGAGUUGUUAGUAUGGCCGAUAUAGUAAUCGGAUUUCACCGUGGUGAUCACGGUGAUAAUAAUUCAUUUGACGGACCUGAAGGUGUUGUCGCUCAUGGCUUUGCUCCAGAUGAUGGAAGACUUCAUUUUGAUGGUGAUGAACAUUGGACCAACAGUCCCACAACUCUUCAAGAUGAUUUUGGUAUUGAUGUUGGAUUAUUGAGGAGGCCUAAUUCUAUUAAACGACCAAUGGCAAUGGGGAAAGAAAUUGAUUUAGAAACAGUGGCUUUGCAUGAAAUGGGUCACCUUUUAGGCCUUGGACAUAGUAGUGACCCAGAUGCUGCUAUGUUUGCCUAUUAUUCAGGUGUUAGGAGAAAAUUGCAUCAAAAUGACGUGGAUGGAAUAUUGGCUCUUUAUGUGUUCCAUAAAUAA